AUGGCAGGCGUUGGUGACGAAGAAAUCGUUAAUAUCGUGAUGCACGACAAUCCCGAGAAAACUAUGCCAGGUGCCCCCAAUAGCCUGCUCGCCAGCGACCAUGCUACUAUGACUGAUCUAAGCAAGGCUGCAAGGGAUGUUUUGGCUUACAUUGAUAUGGAAGAUAAACCGAUCGAUGAAAUUUCCUAUACAAAACUAUGUUCUAAGAUUGUAUACCUGGGAGAGUGUCUUAAAGAUUAA